AUGUCGGAUGAUCGAAUAAAUGAAACUGAAUACUUGUCUAUUUUACUUGAUUAUUGUCUACAACGCUUUCUUACCGGACCUACAUUUUGUCAUCACAUCAACACUUUUCAUUUCAAAGAAGUAUUUGCCGAUGCACUACAUUGGACAAAUGGUUUCGAAGCCAAGUUAUCUGGUAGUCGCCUAACUGGUCUAUUUGAACAAUAUUUGGUCAAAUUAAAAAACGAAUACGUAUCAGUGGUUGGUGGUGAUACAGAUAUUAUGUUCGAGCCACAAGAUACUUUUGUAUCGGACCUAGAUAUUGGUUUAUCAUCACAGAUUGGCUUUCUUGAAAAAACACAAUAUCCGGGUUUUUAUUACAUAGAGUAUAAUCCAAAAACAAAAUAUGAUUCAACAUUACGAUAUCUAGAUAUUUUUGAAGAAAAAAAUAAUAAACAAUACCUAUCUAGUAAAAAACUAGUAGAUUUACUACAUACUGAGUUUUCAAAAUAUACUACACAUGGUCCAUUGUCCAUAGAACUGCAUGGACCGGCCAUUUCAGCUACUUUAAGUGAUGGAACAACACUCCAAGAUUUUGUUUUCUCAUUACCAAUGUUAAAAAUACCUUAUCAUGUGCGCGAACAAUGGUCUAAUCGAUCGAAACAAUGGCCAUCUGGAGACGUUGUCGAAACGGUAUCAGGUUCUAUAUGCCAUUUAGUGCCUAAACGUUGGAGUGAAACAAACGAAGGUGACGAAGACACACUAACAUGGCGUUUAUCGUUAAGUUUCGCUGAAGUAUUAUUAACAAAUUCAUGGGAUAGAAAACACAAAGAUUAUUAUUUAUUAUUAAAAUCAUUUAUUCAAGAAUUAGCACCAGUAAUUACAUCAGAAUUACGAGAAAAUUUCCCAAACUGUUUUGAACAGAAACAACAACAGGAAAUAUCACAGUAUUCUAAUAAAAUUCCAAUUUGGUUACGAUUCUAUUCGGCACCAACUGGAUUUGUAUUCGAAGUGUUAUAUAUGCCUAUUGAUGAAUCAAUCGACGAAAUGGUUGACAAUGAGAUACUCAGUAUGAAGGCAGCUGAAGUUGGUAUCGAAGAAGAGGAAGACGAUGUAGAUUCAGACGAUGCUGUUGAAAUUCCAUUAUUAAAGUCAAAUGGUACAGCAACAAAUAUAAAUGAUUACUUUUAUAUACCAAUACUGAAAACGCGAUUUCGAGAAAUUUUCGAAUUUUUGCUUAAAAUUGUUUGUACACCACUACUGGAUUUACCGUCGUGUCAAGAUCUUCAAUAUCUUAUCGAUCGAUUCCAUUCUUUAGGUAUUAAACAUGAGUUAAUAGGAAAUGCAUUUUACCAAGCAGCAUUACAUAGAUGUUCUGAUAUCUGUACAUUAAAAUCUAAUAUACAUGCAUUAGAAAAAAACGAUCCAAUCUGCGUAAAUGUACCCAAAGAAGAAAAAGAUAUCAUGAAAAGACGUACUGAUGUAUGGUGUGAACAAAUGAAAAAUUUAUUUCAUGCCGCCUCGCAACUGAUCCCAGCGCAAGCAUGGAAAAUUCAUGUACAUAUGGGCUAUACAUUUUAUUUUCUAUUCGGCCGCUAUGAUGAAGCUAUUGACGUAAUGAAAACAAAUAUAGAACUUUAUAAUACAAACAGAAAGUUGGAGAAACCUGAUUUGUCUAUUCCAACAGUUGUUCUUGCUUACUACACAUUACUUCAAUCCUUUCGUAUGACUGGACAAUGGGAUAAGGGGCGAGAAUAUAUUGAACAAUUUGAGCAAACGUGUGCAGAAUUAGAAAUUCACUUUGGUGGAGAAAUCGACAUGAUAGUUGUUAAAAUAUUACUAGCUACAGGUUACUAUUGUUUAGCUUUACUAGAAGAAGCAACCGAUUUACUAAUACAAUUAGAGAAAAUGGAUUCUGACUCAGGUGAUGAAUUAAUGUCAUUGUGUGGUGUCCAAUGUUUUUUGCUUCCGUCAAACAUUCAGUAUCCACCAGAUCGUGGUUUAACACUUGAAUUACCGUAUGCAUUAUCCGAAUGUGGCGGUGAAAACGAAAAAAUUUAUGUUAAACCAGAAUUAAUUAAGAAUUUCCCCAACCUGCUUUAUGUUCGCCAUGGUCACGAUUGCUACAAAAUGCAGUCAUGGUUAGUUGGUAGUAGCACAAUUUUGGUUGAAUUAGAAAAAUGGAUGAACCGUGUUCAAGAUAUAAACUUCCCUCUUGCUCAACAAGAAAGAAAUUGA